CUCAAUCCUUCAUUUGCGAUCAAAGAUCAAAACAACGUGGUCGUGUCAUUAAAGCAUGAAAUUCUUUUAAAGUGUGUUUUAUUUUUUUAUAAAAGUGACAGAUAUAUCUUGAGUGCUCCUGAAGAAUAAUUUCUACACCAUGAAUCACGACGACGUUACCUGGAGUCUAAUAAACAACACGUUCUGUUCAUUUAAAGUAACAGCAAUAGGUGGAUCAAAAUUUUGUCGAAAUGAAUAUAACUUGACAGGAUUAUGUCACAGGAAAUCAUGUCCAUUAGCAAAUAGUCGAUAUGCUACAGUAAGGGAGGAUAAAGGAAUUAUCUACUUGUACAUGAAAACAGCCGAACGAGUUCAUAGUCCUCGAUUUCAAUGGGAGAGGGUUAAACUGUCCAAGAAUUUUGAAAAAGCACUUCACCAGAUAAAUGAAAACCUUCUUUUCUGGCCAUCAUUCAUCAAACAAAAAUGCAAACAAAGAUUUGUCAGAAUCACUCAAUAUUUAAUCCGUAUGCGAGAAAUUAAAUUGAAAGGAACAAAUAAAUUAAUUCCUCUGCAGCGGAAAAUAGAAAGGAGAACUAAGCGGAAAGAAGAGAAAGCGCUAGUUGCAGCACGUUUAGAAACAAAUAUAGAAAAAGAACUGCUUGAACGUUUGAAAUCUGGCAUGUAUGGAGAUAUCUACAAUUUCCCUCAAAAAGCAUUCGACAAAGCUCUAGAUGAAGAGGAGAUUGAUGAUGGUGAAGUGGAUGAAGGUGAAGGUACAAGUGAUGAAGAAAACGAUAAAGAGGACGAAGUUGGAGAUUUCGAAGAAGAAGAGGAAGCUGACGAGUUUGUAGAAGGAGAAAGCGAAGAAGAAGCAGAAGAAGAUAGUGAGGAAGAAAGAGAAUUUUUGGAUGAAGAUGAAAUAGAAAUUUCUGAUGAAGAUGGUGAUAUUGAGGAUGUUAUUGAGAAAGCUUCUACCAGCAAGAUGCCCACCCCUAAAAAAUCUAAAGGCCGAAAACAAAUAGAAAUUGAGUAUGAAACUGAGACUGAAAAUGUUAAGGGAAAGAGGAAAAAGUAUGCGUGAUUGAUGUGAGUAAUUUAUAAGCUUUCCAUGAUUUUUUAUGUUAAUAAAAUGUAUUAUUUUGUACAAUUU